AUGGAAGUAACGUUAGCUUUAUUUUUCAUUUGUGAAUUUUGUGUUCGAAUGUGGUGCAUUUCGGCAGACGCAAAAUACUGUGGGAUUAAAGGACGACUGCGUUACCUUGCUCGUUUGGUCUCCUUAGUAGAUCUCAUUAUAAUAGUUGUCACAACGACGAUGGUAUAUCUGGAGAAAGCUUACAUAUCAGAAGCAACGCUCGACUACUUGAGACUUAUUCAGAUACUCCGGCUAUUCCAUAUCGAUCGACAAAUGACGACAUGGCAUCUCAUCAAGAACAUGGUUAUACUGAGCAAAUGGGAACUACUGGCUGCUUACUACAUUACUUUUAUUUUAUGCUUACUCAUGGUCAACCUCAUCUACAUUAGCGAAAAUGAAGGAUUUGUGGUGUACCUACUGCAGAACUCAUCGGAAGUUCAAAAAUCAGAGAAGUUCUCAACACUUGCAAAUGCAUGGUGGUUUACCAUUGUGACGAUACCAACCAUAGGUUAUGGAGAUAUUGUUCCAGAACAAUGGACAUCGAAAAUUAUUGUGUGCUUCUUGGGUUUUCUAGCAUAUUGUACAUUUGUUGCAGCUUCAACUCAAAUUUCUGUAGGAUUGACUCUCAUGAUGGAGGAAAAUAAUAAAAAAGAGUGCCAAAAUAAACUGAGAAAUACUUCAGCUUCCGUGAUUCAAUUCUGGUACCGAUUUCAUCUCGCAAGUGCAAGGAACAGACGACUGACUGAGUAUUUUCGGCGUAUUUGCUUCAAGCUGUACCUCACAGCCAGACGGAUGAAUCGGAAUCGUCAGAUGGAGGAUAAGCUGCGUGAGAAACUCGAAAGAAAGAAAAAACUGCGGAGUGCGGCGGCCGCCACUGAACAAACAUGGAAGCAACAGCUGAGCAUGGGGGUGGCACAGCAAAUGAUCCAAACAUUCAGUCUCGAUGUAACUCAUGUGCAGCGGAAUCGCAAAAUCGCCCCGUUGAAAAGGAACAUGAGUCUUCCUGAAGCUCACAGCGGUUAUAAAGAAAAUGAUACUUCUGAGAAAGUAAGUAUGUUCGAGCGACGCGGAUCAACUGAUACAAAUCUCUCGUCAUCUUUUGACAUUUCCGAUAUUGAAACGCAAAUCGACAUGAACAAUUUGUAUGAUGAUGAUCGAUCCGAUUCUGUGGAUAUUUCAGAAGUGGACGAAUGGAGGCUCCUUAAAUACAGACCCCUUCUACGGUUCUUCAACUUUCUUCUUUUUCGACAGUAUGCGAAGAAGUUUCGACGAUUACGGAAAUCUGACCGAUUGCUGGAAUUUGAUGCCGAAGUUCGAGAACAAGAAAAUGUACGGCAUCAGCAUCUAAGGGACCUCGAACUAAGAGUAAAUGCUAUGAUCGGAAAGCCAGGCAUAUCAUCUCUAAAUGGACCCAGCGGGGAGAAGCUCUGCAUGACCCGUCGCCUGGAUCUGUGCGAGUCGAAAAUGACUGAUAUGGAACAGAUUAUGAAGCGGAUCAACGAUCUUGUUAUGGACCUCUCUUCAAUGCUUGAGCGAGUGUUCAAUAUUCGAAAAUCGCUUUCCAGUUUCACAUAG